UUCUUUCCUGAAAUCGGACGAGAUUAUAAAAAACAAAACUGGUCGUGUUUGGAUUUGGACGAUCUGCGGACGACGACCAUGGCGCCGAUUCUUAGAUCCACUUCCCUUCUCGCUUUGUUCGUCUGCCAUAUUUCUCUCUUCUUCUGCUUCUUUGUUUCCAAUCUUCCGAUCUCAUCUGGGUCUGAGGAUAGCUACACGAUCACGGGUAGAGUAAGGAUCCCAGCAAGCACUGUGAUUGGUCAUGCAGCAAAAUUCUCAAAUAUCAAAGUUAUACUCAAUGGUGGACAGAAUGUUACUUUCCUCAGGCCCGAUGGAUACUUCACAUUCCACAAAGUGCCAGCUGGGACUCAUCUGAUUGAAGUUUAUGCAAUGGGCUACUUCUUUUCUCCAGUGCGAGUUGAUGUUAGUGCUCGACAUCAUGGCAAAGUUCAAGCAACACUAACAGAAACCAGGAGGAGUCUUACUGAGCUGGUUCUGGAGCCACUGCGACCAGAGCAAUACUACGAGAUGCGAGAGCCUUUCAACGUUAUGGCAAUUGCGAAAAGUCCAAUGGGUCUUAUGGUGGGAUUCAUGGUCGUUGUUGUGUUCUUAAUGCCCAAGUUGAUGGAAAACAUAGAUCCAGAGGAAAUGAAGAGCGCACAAGAGCAGAUGAGAAGCCAAGGAGUGCCUUCACUUACUAGCUUGUUGCCAGCUAGCCGCUAAUAGUUCUUUCUUCAGCAGCGUUAACCAACAGUCCCAAGACACAGUGCUUUUUAACUUGUAAAAACUGUUAAACAGUUUCAAGGAUAAGCUUCGAAGAAAUUAGCGACAGCAAAUUCCUUAAAGCGAUCUAACAUUGGGUUUACAAGAUUGGUUAGUGUAGAGACACUGUUGGAAACUGACCUUAAGUGUGUGCAUUGAUUUUUUUUGUCUUUGUAUUCAUGUUGAAUGAAUUGCUCUCUUCUAUUAUUUUUGGUUUAGAAUGUUUUAAGUCCA